AUGUCUCCGUUUGAGCAUGGAGAAGUAUUUGUAUUAGAUGAUGGUGGAGAGGUGGACUUGGACCUUGGAAACUAUGAGCGGUUUUUAGACAGUACAUUGACCCGUGACAACAAUUUAACAACCGGAAAGAUAUACCAACAGUUUAUUGACAAAGAAAGGAAAGGAGACUACCUCGGAAAAACUGUUUUAGUUUUCUUUAAGGUGGUUCCGCAUGUUACUGAUGCAAUUCAAGAGUGGAUUGAGAGAGUAGCUAAUGUUCGUGUUGAUGGAAAGGAAGGUUCUCCUGAUGUCUGUGUUAUUGAAUUAGGCGGGACUAUAGGUCAUAUUGAAUCUAUGCCCUUCAUUGAGGCCCUUGGUCAAUUCUCUUAUAAAGCAGGACCUGAUAAUUUCUUCUUGGUUCAUGUGAGCCUUGUACAUGUUCUCAGUGUUGUUGGUGAACAUAAGACAAAGCCAACCCAGCAUAGUGUGCGAGGACUCAGGAGCCUUGGUUUGACACCUAAUAUCCUAGCAUGUCGCAGCACAAAGGCACUUGAAGACAAUGUCAAGACAAAGCUAUCUCAGUUUUGCCAUGUGCCGGAAGAGAAUAUUGUAACGCUCUAUGAUGUUCCAAAUAUCUGGCACGUUCCACUGCUUCUAAGGGAUCAAAAGGUUCAUGAAGCAAUCUUAAAAGAGUUUAACCUCCUUGGGCUUGCUGACGUGACAGAAUGGACUGCAAGAACUAAAAUUUAUGAUACGCUGCAAGAUCCUGUCAGAAUUGCUAUGGUUGGAAAGUACACUGGCCUUACUGAUUCUUACCUCUCCGUGUUGAAGGCCCUUUUGCAUGCUUCUGUUGCAUGUCACAAGAAGCUUGUUGUAGAGUGGGUUGCAGCCAGUGACCUUGAAGAGAUUACAUCACAGGAAGCUCCAGAUGUCCACAAAGCUGCAUGGGAUCUUUUAAAGGGUGCUGAUGGUAUUUUAGUACCAGGAGGUUUUGGUGAUAGAGGAGUGCAAGGAAAGAUACUUGCUACAAAGUACGCCCGUGAAAAUUUAGUCCCUUUCCUUGGCAUAUGCCCUGGGGAUGCAGCUGGCUGUUGUUGA